GUUCACCUCAAAACAACAACAACAGACAGAGACGUUAAUAUUGACAGGAACAGCUGGAUGAUGAGUGCUGCUGAGACUAAGUCGACCCUGGAGUCCAGACUGGACGCCCUGCAGAGCCACUUCACCUGGGACCUGGUCUUUGGAAAGUCCAUCAUUGUCCGUCUCAGAGACAAACUGAAGGACAUCGGCACUGAUGAAAGAAACUUCUGGCUGGGUCAUGUUUACAACCUGCAGGGGUUCGUCCACUAUCACAUGGGAUUAGUUGAAGAGGCCCGGAGUUUCCUCAGCAAGGCCACCGAGGCUUUCCAUCAGAUUAGGAAGGGGGACUCAGAUGAGGGUCCCUGGUUGUUGGUGAACUAUGGGAACCUGGCUUGGCUGCACCACUACCUGGGUGAGGAUGAGGAGAGUGAGUCUUACCUGUCAAAGGUGGACGCCCUCAUGAAGGAGUACCCAUCUCCAUCCGAGGACGAGCUCCACCCAGAGGUCUACGCUGAAAAGGCCUGGACCCUGCUGCACUUUGGCAAAGACGCGAAGAAACAAGCUGCAGAUUAUUUCCAGAGAGCCAUCAGGAUGCAGCCGGACAUGGUGGAGUGGCAGACCAGCUACGUCCUGGGGUUGGUGAGCUCUUUCAACCACGAGAUGAUUCUGAGCACCGACAUCUUGGAGAAACUACGAGCAGCGAAGGAGAAGGAUCCAGAGAACAUUUACCUCACCAUUUAUUGUCUCGAGCAAAAGGCAAAGGAAGGAGAAGACAUAAAGGAUGAGAUUCAUGAGCUGGCUGAAAAGAUUUUAAUGAAUCCAGUCGGCAGCUACAGUGGCAUUAAACCAAUACUGAGGCUCUACAAGGAACACAUUUCUUAUGAUGACGCCAUUAAUCUGGCAGAGGAGGCUCUGAGGAAGCAUCCAGACGAUCGCUACCUGACGUGGUGUGCAGCGCUCUGCUACAAAUGGAGGAUCAUUAAUGGGAAAGGCACGCUCCCAACGCCCCAACAAAGCAUGAUGGACAGAGCCACCAGUCUCUACAGUGAUGUGAUCUCACUUUAUCCCGACUCUGCUCUGUUGAAGAAGAUCGGCCUCGCUAAUAUUUACGCCAAGUCGAGAGAGGCCGUCCACAAAGCGAAUCAGAUCUACCAGGAGCUGCUGGAGCAGGACCUGGAGGACUUAGAUAAACAGAUGCUCUACAACUUCUACGCCAAACACUUGUACUACAACUGCCGAGAGUACGACAUGUCAACAGAUUAUCACAUGAUGGCUGCACAGAUACCUCACCAGACCUCCGCCCGGGAGAACAGCAUCAAAAUGUUAGCGAAUAACACAAGACGAAGCAAGAACCGACGGUGCAGGGAGAUCCAGGAGUUUCUGGAAAACCUGCAGGACUAUGAUCCUGUUCAAGCUUUUAAUGGAACCACCUAA